AUUGACCCCCAUAGCCCCCCAUUGCUCCCCAAUUACCUGGUCAUCUGGUGCAUCGACCUCGAGGUGGAGGAGAAGCAGGCGCUGAUGGAGCAGGUCGCCCACCAGACCAUCGUGAUGCAGUUCAUCCUGGAACUGGCCAAGAGCCUCAAGGUGGAUCCACGCGCCUGUUUCAGGCAGUUCUUCACCAAAAUCAAGACGGCCGACCAGCAGUACAUGGAGGGUUUCAAUGACGAGCUGGAGGCCUUCAAGGAUCGUGUGCGGGGCCGGGCCAAGGCUCGUAUUGAACGAGCCAUGAGGGAAUACGAGGAGGAGGAGAGACAGAAGAGACUGGGGCCGGGGGGGCUCGACCCCGUAGAGGUCUAUGAGUCAUUGCCUGAGGUGAGUGGGGGGCUAUGGGGCGAUCUAUGGGGCAGGGGUGGUUCUGUGGGGCAGGUGGUCAAGUAUAUGGGGCAGGUGGUCCAUUAUAGGGGGCAGGUGGUCCAUUAAAGGGGGCAGGUGGUC